AUGUCUACCCUGGAACGGUUGGACCUUUACGAGAAAGUCCAGGCGUUGGCUACCCACCCGGCUUUGAAACCAAACGAACGGGGCCACAUUCAAGCCCUCCUCAACGAUAUCAAGGCAGAUUACGAGAAUUCUGAUGACAAGGAUAUGGGUCGUCCAGAGGUCACUGACAUCCGAAGGUCACCUGAAACCCCUGUUGGUGAGGAGCACACCCAAACUGCUGUGCAGUCAAGUGCUCUUCCAGGUGCCCAAUCCUCGGCUCAAACCACUGGUACAGAGACUCACCCGGCCUCAGACUCCCACCCGGCAAAAGACGUCCGAACCCCUAAUCAAUCACCCACGUGUGCCCCAAGGAAGGGUGAAUUUUUCAUCCUCCCAAAUCCUAUUGGCGCACCUCGAACAACCUGCCCCACCUUCAGCCAAUUCUCAAUACUCUCAACACGACGGGAGGGAGGAGUUUCCUCACGCAAACUGGGAUUGAGUUUCUAG